UGACAGUUCAUAGUAAACAUGGCAAGCUUGGCAGAUGUCGGCUGGAAGAUCCUGGAAUUUAAAGCCAGAUCAAAACGUUCAGAUCUGAUCUAAUUUAGCUGAGACGCUUGCCCUUUACAUCACCUGUUGAGAAUGGCCAGCUCACAGUGUGAGGUAUCUGGAUCUCCAAGGAAACUCAUCAGAUAUGGCUCCAUCUAUGAGCCCCUCAAGUUGUCUGUCCUCCACCGGGAGGACGAGCCUCUCUGGGAGAGAUUGGACCGCUACUACAAUGCUGUGAAGUGCACCAUCCUGAACUUUCAGAGCCCCACCACUGGGCUGUUCCCCAUCAAGACCUGCUCCAGCUGCAAGGAGGCCAAGGUUCGGGACUCUCUCUACUGUGCUGCCAGCGCCUGGGCCCUCGCUCUGGCUUACAGGCGUAUCGAUGACGACAUGGGCAGAACCCACGAGCUGGAGCACUCUGCCAUCAAGUGCAUGAGAGGGAUCCUCUACUGCUACAUGAGACAAGCCGACAAGGUGGAGCAGUUCAAGCAGGAUCCCAGCCCCUCCAAGUGCCUCCACUCAGUGUUCAACGUCCACACAGGAGACGAGGUCCACAGCUACUCUGACUACAGUCAUCUCCAGAUUGAUGCUGUGUCUCUGUUCCUGCUCUAUAUGGUUGAGAUGAUCUGCUCUGGACUUCAGAUCAUCUACAACACUGACGAGGUGUCUUUCAUCCAGAACCUGGUGUUUUGUGUGGAGCGGGCUUACAGGAUGCCUGACUUUGGGAUGUGGGAGAGGGGCAGCAAGUACAACAAUGGGAGCACAGAGCUGCACUCCAGUUCUGUGGGAAUGGCCAAAGCUGCACUGGAAGCCAUCAAUGGAUUUAACCUCUUUGGAAACCAGGGCUGUUCCUGGUCUGUGAUCUUUGUGGACCUGGAUGCCCACAACAGGAACAGACAGACCCUGUGUUCCCUGCUCCCACGAGAGUCCAGGUCCCACAACACAGACGCCGCCCUCCUGCCCUGCAUCAGCUACCCGGCCUUCGCCGUGGACGACGACGCCCUAUACAGCCAGACGCUGGACAAGGUGGUCCGCAAGCUGCGGGGCAAGUACGGCUUCAAGCGCUUCCUGCGCGACGGCUACCGCACCUCCAACGAGGACAAGAACCGGAGGUACUACAAACCAGCUGAGAUGAAGCUUUUUGAUGGGAUUGAAUGCGAGUUUCCCAUAUUCUUCAUCUACAUGAUGAUCGAUGGUGUGUUCAGAGGAAAUAAAGCCCAGGUGAAGGAGUAUCAAGGUCUGCUGGAGCCAAUCGUCUUCCAGAGUCAUGAGGGCCAUGCGGUGAUCCCUAAGUACUACCACGUUCCCGCUGACUUCGUGGACGCGGAGCAGAAGAAGCACGGGAGCCAGAAGCGUUUCCCUAGCAACUCGGGCCGUGACGGGAUGCUGUUCCUGUGGGGCCAGGCGCUUUACAACAUCGCCAGACUGCUGGUGGAUGAGCUGAUCAGCCCUAAGGACAUCGACCCUAUUCACCGCUACGUCCCUCGCCAGGACCAGCGCAAUGUCAGCAUGAGAUACUCCAAUCAGGUGACACAUCCACCACCACCUGACCCUCUUUGGCCCAUUCUCGCGUGA